AUCCAGAGGCUUAAUUUUGCCUGUUGCAGCCACUCCAAAGUCAUUUGCAAGAACUUUAAGUGCAACAGAGGUUGUAUCACCACGAACUCAACAGCUCAGUAGAUCUACUAGUGUGCCCAUUGUGUCUUCUAUUGGUUUCAACAGCCCUACUCCUGUUGAACCCAGUGCCGACUUCCAAUGGCAAUGGGAAAAGUGUGAUACUCCAGCUCUUGAGAGAAUGUCUAGCCCCAUCGAUGCUGCAGUUCACGGUGACAAGGCGUAUUUCAGGGUGUAUCGCAGCAGGAGAAUCUACCUUUACAAUUUGACUCAUGGGGGGUGGUCGAAAUUAGUGAAGUGCCUUGUCAAAGAUUCUUCUUUGGUUAUGUUGCCUGUUGCUUACAAAGGAGGUGUCCGUUUCCUUCUUCACACCGUUGGUGGAAUCAAGCGCACAAAAGAUCAACAAGGCCCAGACGACGAGUAUACAGAUGAUAUCUAUCAGUUUUCUGAUCCUGCUUGCAGACAAUGGACACGCUCAAUCAGUUACCCAAAACUGAAAACCAAACGAAGCCAAGUAACAGUUGUGUUUAGCGAUGGCUGUCUAAUCAUAGCUGGUGGUAGCAGUGCUCAUGGACCAGUAAACACAGUCCAUGUUUUGAUUGUUACAUGUCAAGACAAGGUAUGGCGUGAGGUUGCCUGUCUUCCUUACAAAGUGUUUCGUGCUUCUGGCAGUGUGUGUAAUGGCAUGCUUUACAUACUAGGAGGAUACGUGUCUCCUUUUGACCCAAUCAGAAGUGCUUGCGUAGCUACAGUGUCAAAGCUUGUUGAAUCUAACAGCAACGAUCAAGGCAUUUUCAGCACAAUAAAAGACUUGGAACUCAGUGAUUCUGCGUGUGUGUCGUUUCGCAAUAGUAUACUGGCAAUUGGAGGCUGGAAAAAAUUGGGUUCAGCGUUGACAGAUCAACCAAAAGGAACGAAACUUGUCCACGUCUAUGAUACGAGUCGAAACAUUUGGAAAGAGCUGAAAGGUCAAUUGUCUGAGCCUCGGUGUUUCGCUUUUGCUGCUGCUUUUGAAGACAAGCAAAAGAUUAUGAUUGUUGGAGGAUAUGAUCGACCUAAUGGAACAUGUACGAAUUCUGUUGAGUUUUCAAUCAUUAAUUAAAGUUGUUCAACUUGUGCUUCUUGCACAAGUUGUUUGUCUUGAGCAUAGAAUUUG